AUUCCUACAGCCUGCCUCGGCUUUAGUGUGGCGAAAGAGACCGAGCUUCGAUCUGAUCUGCUGACCAAUUAUGCGACCAGCGUCCGACCUGACGGGGUUACCAUAAUCAGUCUCUCGUUCCAACCAACAGCUUUUACUUCAGUGGACAUAAAAACCCAACAAUUCGGAGUGUCGGGAUGGUGGCUGAUGAGGUGGAGUGACCACCGGUUGUCAUGGACACCGAGCUCCUACGACAACAUCCCAGUGAUACAGGUCAUGUCCAGCGAUAUCUGGACACCAGCACUUGUAGUGGACAACUCUAUUGACGAUCUCAGCGCAAUUGACGAGGAUUCCAUCCCCUUGAGGAUCGACAACUCAGGCACCGUGUCCUGGAAUCCUCCAGGUCUGCUGACCGUCUCGUGCAACAUGGACAUCAGUUACUUCCCCUGGGAUCAGCACACGUGCGCUAUACAGGUCACGAGCUUUGGGUACACCGUGCAGGAGCUGGACAUUAAAGUCUAUGGGAGUGGUGUGGACAUUACCUACUUCAACCCUGACGGUGAAUGGGUUCUAGAAGAGAACUGGACGAAUAGAACUACAUUUACGGGAGAUAACUAUCAGUACACAAAGAUCUAUUACUAUUUUAAAAUGACCCGACGACCUCUCUACUAUGGACUCAACUAUCUACUUCCGGUUCUAAUCACGUCCUUCCUGAUCAUUUUCGUCUUCGUCCUGCCCGCCGAGUGUGGAGAGAAGAUCGGCUACUGUCUGACCGUUAUGCUGGGGUACAUGGUCAUCUUGACCCUCAUCGCUGCUGACCUUCCGACUACGGCCCAGUACACGUCCAUCUUGGAACUCUACAUCGCCGUGGUGCUGAUCAUGGGCGGACUGUCCGUCGUCUUCUCCAUCUACGUCCUUGAACUCUACCACCGUCCAGACGACAGGCCCAUCCCGCUCUACAUCCGGCGUCUGACUCUUCUGGGCAUGCGCAUCUGCUGCUUUGAAAACAGUUGCUGCUCACCCAGGGUCGAACCUACGGCUCAUCCUUUAAACAACGCGGAGGCUAAUGGCGUCCAAUGGCAACCACCGCUACCCCCACACUCUACUGAAAUGAAUUCACUAAGGCAAAGAAGAGGCUCAGCUCAGAAUUCCUCCGCUCCCCCGGGCACCAAGCUGUUUAAACCAGUGACCUACCACGGUGUGGCUGAUCCCCUGGGGUCGGGGAAGAACAACCCGGACAAACACUUCGAGUCUGACAACCACAUUAUGCUCAAGCAACCCAACUCACGCGAGCAAAGCUUCCUGGGACUCCGCCCAGCAACCGUCCAAUCAACGCCCGAGGAACAAUCACGUGGUACGGAGAUCUCGUGGCAAACCGUUUCCAUGGUGCUAGACGCCAUUUUGCUGAGAUUUUACAUUUUGUUUCUUGUAAUUUCAAGUGUAGUCUUCAUUACCAUUCUAGUUGUUAACUAGAACAAAACUUCAGACACAAACAAAGAAGAGCCCGCACUGAUACCAUGCUAUUUAAUAAUUAUAUUUUUUAACAAUUUGUAUGUGUAUGCUACUUUAAUUUGAUUCAAUAGUUUUUACUUCUGAAUAAAAAAAAAAGUUAAAUAAUUUUAAAAUGUUUCCAAUUAAAUUGUAGCUUCCUGACAUUAUUUUGCGUUAUGUUUGAUUUUGUUAAAAAAUAUUAUCAAUUCAAAAAUAUUCUAUAUAAUGAAUUAAACAUAUGAACACGUUUGAUAAUAUUGUUUUUUUUUUACUGUUUUUACCAAAAUUUCAGGCACCCUUGUGUGUUAUACAGGGUUACUUUUUCUGUAAAAUUUUUAGUAGACUAAAAAUAACAGUUUUGAAUCCUUUACUUUCAACGCAGAACUUCAAAAUGUGCUGAAGUAAUUUGACAUGACUAAGUUCAAGUGUUCUAAUUAACAGAAGUAUUUUGUGGCUGUUAGUACAAGUGUUUUCAAAGUAGGAUGAAGUCGGAUGUAUCUGGGCCACUACAUAUUUCUUCUGUGUAACUUGUUUACAUAAGAAGUUUAUGAAAAUUAGAGUAAACAAAACCAAUUAUACAUUAUAAAUGAUCUCACCUUACUGACUUAAUCGACUCAAAAUUGUAGCAAUAUAAAUAAAGUUUAUUAUUUUA